UUAUCAGCAGGAUUGCUGUGCAAUACGGCAUAAAGCAGUGGCUCUCAACCUGCGGCCCAAUCAGCACAUAGCUGCGGCCCAUGUAGAGUGACCAGAUGUCCUGAUUUUAAAGGCUCCUGUGAAAUCCUCAGGGCCAUACUUUUCCCUAUCAGCAUGAGUGACCAGUGGAAUAAUGGAGAUACAGGAUUGAUGAGGUCAAUGGAAUUGAAAUUCAUGUAAGAACAGCAGUCCCUGGGCCAGAUUGCUAAAGGUAUUUAGAUGCCUAAAGACACAGAGCAGAAAUCUUCCAUCCAGUUCCAAAUGAUUGCUCAGACACAAUCAAGAUGCAGAGCAACGGAUCUUCAGAAAACUGUGCUGAUCCUAAUAUAACAUUUAAAAACUCUCUAUACGCAACCGCUUAUACCAUAAUAUUCAUUCCUGGUCUUCUGGCAAACAGUGCUGCAUUAUGGGUUUUAUGUCGCUUCAUCAGCAAGAAAAACAAAGCUGUCAUUUUUAUGAUUAAUUUGGCUGCAGCUGAUCUUGCUCAUGUUCUUUCGUUACCGCUACGAAUAUAUUAUUAUAUAAACCACACAUGGCCUUUUGGGAGAUUCCUCUGCUUGUUAUGUUUCUACCUGAAGUAUCUCAACAUGUACGCAAGCAUUUGUUUCCUUACCUGCAUAAGUAUUCAAAGGUACUACUUCCUCCUCCAUCCAUUCAAAGCCAAAGACUGGAAACGCAGGUAUGAUGCCACCAUUAGUGCUGUAGUAUGGAUUGUGGUUGGGGCUGCUUGCUCACCGUUUCCAGUUAUGAGAAACUCUGAUUUAACCAACAAUUCAAAUUUCUGCUUUGCAGAUCUUGGAGUCAGGAAAAUUGACAGUAAGACAGCUUCUGUGAUUAUGGUCACGACAGCUGAGCUUUUAGGAUUUGUGGGCCCUCUAAUUAUUAUUGUAUACUGUACCUGGAAAACAAAAGAGUCGCUUCAGAAUUAUGAAAUGCCUUUGCAAAAUACCAGAGAAAAACGGAGAGCUUUACGCAUGGUUUCUAUGUGUGCAGCUGUGUUCUUUGUGUGUUUCACACCAUAUCACAUAAACUUCUUCUUCUACAUGAUGGUGAAAGAGAAUGUUAUUACACACUGUGCCAUACGCAGAAGCACUCUUUACUCUCAGCCCUUUUGCUUAAGCCUAGCAAGUCUGGACUGUUGUUUGGAUCCAAUCCUGUACUUCUUUACAACAGCAGAAUUUCAGGAUCAGUUAUCAAGACACAGCAGCGCAAUCAUCAGGAGUCGCCUGAUGAGCAAGGAGAGUGCCUCGUCGAUUAAGGAAUAAAAACUAUAAGCAUUUUUUUUAACCUUAUAACAUAUGAAAUCUUGGACUGCUCUAUAACCCUGUAGUCAAGCAGGUAGAAUAGAAACACCUGCAGCUUUAUCUGAUGCUGAAAGUCUUUUGAAAUAUAGAAAACAAUGUUCAUUUAAAAUCAGCAGUCAAAUGUUAUGGGUGUUUGAGACUGGAGAACCCCUGACUGGAGUGAACUGGUAGAGUGCCUCACCUGGUCUACCUGAACUGGAAAAUGCUGCAGGGAACAGUGCUGCCUUUGCAGGGAGAUGGCCUGAAUGGCCUAGUAGCUCUUUCCUAAUUUGUGUGGUUCUAGGAUCAAGCCAAAGACACUCCAAACACUGAGGCCCAAUGUGACCUCCUCUCAGCAACUGCUCUUCUGCAACAGAAAUAUAGCGCAACAUGGGAAAUAAUUAACAAACAAAGCCAAGCACAGAGCCACAAAGUGGAGCCACCUCAGAGUUUGCAGCUUGAUUCAAUAUGGCGACCACAUUUCCCAAGGUACACAGUUGCCCUAGCUACACUGUGGUGUCUCUAGUGAAUCAAAUCCUGUACUGCUAGGGCCUGCUGUUGGCACUAAGCAUAUUGUGUUAUUCACAACACAUUUCUAUCUCCAUUUCCCAUUUUCUUUCCAUCUUUUCUUGUUCUCUCCUUCCAUUUCUUUAUAUUCUUUUCUUCUUCCAUCUCAAACUCUUUCUCCUUAGUCAUAAGUAAGUGUCUGGGUAUCCUCCUCCCGCCCCCGCCUGCCCUCAGCAGCCUGUGCUACAACAGAGCUCAGAACUUGGUGACUAAGUUCUUCAGCUGACCUCCACAAACAGUGCGGCCUGUACAUCAGAGAGUGGGCUUGUCAUAAACAGAUAAGAAAAGUUAAUAGCACAGAAGUACUUUAUAUCUCUUUAACUGUAAAGGGUUAACAAGUUCAGUAAGCCUGGCUGUCACCUGACCAGAGGACCAAUCAGGGGACAGGAUACUUUCAAAUCUUGAGGGAGGGAAGUUUUGUG